UUCCUUGUGAAAGUCCAGGGCAUUAUACUGUUACCAAAGCAGGAAGUGGUGUUACACGGAAAAGGGUCCGGUUUCUAUUGUUUACGUUGCCAGAGAACAUCUAGCUUGACAGCUAGCUAAUAUUCAUUACGGUACCUAGUCAAAAACAGGAAUUAUCAUGAAACCAGCGGUGGACGAGAUGUUCCCUGAAGGCGCGGGGCCUUUUGUGGAUCUAGACGAGGCAGGGGGCAGCAGCGGUCUGCUCAUGGACCUGGCAGCAAAUGAGAAAGCAGUGCACUCAGACUUCUUCAACGACUUUGAGGAUCCGUUUGAUGAUGAGGAUCUGCAGUGAAUGAGGAAGACCCUAUAUACCCAUGAUUACCUGUGUGUGUGUGUGUGUGUGUGUGUGUGUGUGUGUGUGUGUGUGUGUGUGUGAGAGAGAGGGAGAGACAUUAAGAUCGUAAGAACUGUAAAACCAGAACCAUUUCCAUGUUGGAAUUGCUUUUGAAGAUCCGCCCUCAUUUCCACUGUGUUUGUUAAAUAAAGCCUUUUCUAGAAAGCA